AUGGCUAUUGUCUCGUGUUGUACAGCAUUUUCCUAUAGUCACUGGAAUGCAUUUAUUAAUGAUGAAAUGAAAAUAGUUGUAGGAUGUAAAGAACAUCUACAAGAUUCAUUAACAAUUGAAGAAGAUAUGCGUUGUAUUAUAUUCACUAAUGAAUUAGUUGGGUUUACAGAUAUAUGUGAAAGUUCAGCUGAAUUCAUUGAAGCAUCAACAUUUUCAGAUUAUCAUGCUGAAUUGUAUCAUCUAGUGCGUGAACAAUUUUCAUCAGAAGCCUAUUCAAGAGUCAUAGAUGCAAGUGCCAUAUUUAUCGAGACAAUUAAUCAAUUUUUGAUGAGUAUUAAACCAUUGACAUUUGCUUGA